AUGAGUUCUGAAGACAGAUGCUCCAAUUUGGAGCAGAACUAUUGUUCUCGAAGACACGAGCAUCAUGAGAAUAAUGAACCAAACGGGGCAAUGGCACAGCACAGUAUUUCUCAACCUACUCAUUUUCCGGCUCCAUAUCUAUAUUACCCUGGUGUGGGCCCAACAAUAUAUUCGGCCCUUUUUGUUUAUGUACCCGGCCAUCAGUUUCCGAGCGCUCAUGUGGAUCUUGGAGGACCAUCUGCUGCAUACAGAAUGAAUUCACUGGUUAACAGAAAUGGCGGUUUAUACAGCGCUGCAGUCAGCACUCACAGCUGGUGGUACCGAUCAGAGCCAAGCAUCAGUUCUUUCAAUGGAGGUGGAGGAGCUAUAGCUUGGAAUCAACCUGUUGCUACGGAUUAUAUGCACGGGAGCAACAUAGUAUUUUUCGGACCUCCUCAGGUGCCGGUGUACAUUCCCAUUCCUUAUAUCAGCAAUCCGCAUCACAAUCCCAUCGACACGCAACAUCUUGGUCUUAGAGGAAGAAACCAGCCGGGCCACAAUGAUGCUAUGUGUUGCCCGGGACCACCAUCACGCACUGCCCCGAGGUAUAGUUCUCCACAUGUUUCUGGGGAUGCAAGCUCGUCCUCAGGCAUUCAGAGGAGGGCACCGAGGGAUGAUUCUCCUCAGGUUUCUGCGAAUACACCCCCUGGCUUAGGCUCAGGAAUACUCGGGAAUGCACCAAGGAGUACGGGUCCUCCUACUUCUGUGAUACAGCAGCUUCGAGAAGCGGAGCCUGGGCACGAGACAAACUCGAGACAGAACCGAGAUUUCCACGCAAGAGUGUUGCUUGAUGAUGAAGUUUUGAUAAUAGAUUUCUCAGAUGAUGAGGAAACUGAAGACCAUGUCGAUGCUGAAACACAGAAUCAUGUAACCGUUGAUUCAAGGAUAACUGAAGACAUAAUAGAAUCAAUGAGAUCGAGUACCAGGUCGGCCGAUGAAACUAUUAUCGGACGGCUCGAGACAAUUGAGCAGCCAUCAACCUCUCUGAAGAAUCGCGAGGCAACUUCUUGCACCAUUUGUCUGGAUGUCUACGAGGAUCAGCAUGAGAUUCAGACUCUCAAUUGCGGGCAUGAGUACCACUCAGAUUGCAUAAAGAAGUGGCUCCGGGUGAAGAAGAAAUGUCCCAUUUGCAGAUCUGAAGCAUUGCCUCAAAAACCAAAAUGA